AUGAUCUAAAAAAAGUAAAUUAAAAAACUCAAACACAAAUUUAACAAUCGUACUCUCGCUCAACACUACCCUCAAUUUAGAAAAUACAUUCAAAUCAGCAACAAAGGUGAGACCAUCAUUGAUUACAAAAAUCAAAAUGCACUAAAUGAAUUGAACAAAUCCAUUAUGGAUUAUUAUUUUGGAAUCAGAGAAUUCACAGUCCCCUUAACUUCGAUGGUUCCUGCUUUAGGAUGCCGACUAAAUUACAUUGAAUGGGUCAAACUAUAAGUUGAUAUAUCCAAAUUUCCCAUCACAAAAAUAUAUGAUGUUGGAACAGGCUUUUCAGGAGUGUUGAUUUUCUUAGCAUAUAGAUUAUACGGUUGGAAAGGAAUUGGAGUCGAUACAUCAGAAUAAGCCAUUAAUCAUGCUCGAUCUAUAGCCUAAUCAAAUCACAUAGAAUGUGAAUUUAAAGUUGGAGAUCUAUUUCAAUUCUUAGAAGAUGGUAUGGUAACAGUUUGUAAUCCUCCAUUUUAUGAUGAUCAAGAAGAAAGAGAAUACAAUAGAGUUAUUUAAACUUAGGAAACAUUUGUAGAAGGAGGGGAAGUCUCCUUUGUAAAAAGAAUGCUUGAAAAUUCAACCAAAAAUUGCAUGUACACAACAAUGCUUGGCAGAAAAUCUAGUCUAAAUUCAUUUUAAGAUAUCAAUGAAAAAGUAGAAUUACAUUAAGGAAAUAAUAUUAGAUUUGCAUUAAGUUGGACUUAAUAAAAAGAAUAAUAAUUAAUAAAUAAGUGA